UAUGAAUAAAAAGUGGCGAACUUUACUACUUGUAGUAUCUACUCAGAAGUAAAGUCCACAGUGUUUACUACAUGUUUGGUAUGAAUAAACCAAAAUUCGAACAUGUAGUAAAUGCUACUUUCGAACUUAGAGUUUACUACAUGUGUGUAGCAGAGAUCUGUCAAAACAAAUCGUUUGUUGUUUUCGCGACUUCUGAUCUGCGCGGUGGUGAAAGUUUCGUCAGUUUCGCGAUGGAGGAUAAUUUUGAGGUGCUUCGGUCCCUGGAAAUCGGUUCAACCGAUGCCGACGAUCAUCAGACCCUUCAAGAGGACGAGGCGGACGAAACGGUCCAUGAUGUUCCGGGAAAAUCCAGUAACAUAAGCGAUUUGGAAUUCGCCACUGCGGUGAGCCGACUGGGAAGUGUUUUGCUCACCAAAAAUCAGACUCCCCAAAUGAAAAAGAAAAAAUCCGAUGCAGUCAAGGAGAUUGCGAUGCAUUUUUUGGUUGAGAAGGGACUGGAUUUGACCGAAAAACAAAUCAUCAAAAAGGUCAAUAACAUGAAAUCCAGGAUUAAGACUAAAACAGACAAAAAGGCCACUGGGAACAAAAAAAUCUCCUUGAAUCCUGGAGAGCAAAUAAUGUACAACCUCCUAGGUGCUGAAGACAACCCAGCGGUGACGAAAGUUAACUACGGGAUUUCAGUUGGAGCUGACAAAAAGGUCCUUCAUGAACACAACAGUAAUGCUUCGGAUGAAGAACUGCAUCCAGCUACGUCAACUUCAACAACAAAGAAGGUUCCUACGCCUCUCAUCUCUUCACCUCGAAACCUUACUGCCCUAUCCAGUGCCGAGGACAUGCUAACUCCGCCUCCGCCGAAGAUCAAACGCCUCAAAACGAAUGGAACCAGGCCAGUCAAGUCCCGCCCGGAGCAAGAAAAUCUGUCAACAGCUCAACUACAUCGACUGGUUCUGGCCAAGCAGCUUGAAGCUCUGGAUCAACAAAUGCGUGUUAAUACAAAGCUGGAGACGGUGCUGGACAAAGCCGAAGAAAUUUUGAAUAAUUACAUAACUCCAAAAUAAAAUAUGUUUAUUAAAAAUAUUUUUCUGAAAAUAAAACGGUUAUUAUGCACAAUUAAAACUAAAUGACAAGGUUGGACGACUUUUUACUGGAAAGUGUGCAGUAAUUCCAAUAAUGAGCAAAGCAGAUGUUUUCGAAUACCUCCGGGUCUCCUCUAGUAAAUACUAGAAUUUCUGGAAUUCCUCCACAGAUUCUUUCUGGUAUUCCUCCAUCAAUUCCUUCUAUGAUUCCUCCAAGAUUUCUUUAUAAGUUUUAUCCAGGGAUUCCUUCCGGGAUUCAUCUUAGAAUUCCUUCCAGGAUUCCUCCAGGAAUUCCUUCUGAGAUUCCUCUAGUAAAUCCUCCAGAACUUCCUCCCGGGAUUCUUCCAGGAGUUCCUGCCAGCAUUCCUUCAAGAUUUCCGCGAUCCCUCCAAAAAUUCUUUCCAGGAGUUUCUUUGGCGAUUCCUUUUGAAAAUCCUCCCGGGAUUUCUCAAGGAGUUUCUUCCGGAAUUCCUACAGAAGUUCCUUCUGGGAUUCCACCAGGAGAUCCAUCUGGGAUUCCUCCAGGAGUUCCUUCCAGAAUUCAACCAGAAGUUCCUUCUGGGAUUUCUUCAGAAGAUCCUUCCGGGAUUGUUCCAGGAGUUCCCUCCGCGAUUGCUCCAGAACUUUUUUUCCGGGAUUCCUCCAGGAGUUCCUUUUGGGAUAUCUCCAGGAGAUCCUUCCAGGAGUUUCUUCUGUGAUUCCUCUAGGAGUUCCCUCCGGGAUUCUUCCAGGAGUUCCUUAAGGGAUCCCUCCAAAUGAUCCUUCUGGGAUUUCUCCAGAAGAUUCUUCCGGGAUUCCUCCAGGAGUUCCUUCUGGGAUUCCUCUAGAAGUUCUUGCCAGGAUUCCUCCAGAAGAUCCUUCCAGGAUUCUACCACGAGUUCCUUCCAGCAUACAUCCAGAAGUUCCUUCUGGGAUUUCUUCAGAAGAUCCUUCCGGGAUUGUUCCAGGAGUUCCCUCUGCGAUUGCUUCAGA